GCCCUUUCCAUUUUUGGAUCAAGCGGGUGAGCGGGGAUGGAGGGACAUUUCCACACCUCCACCACACCUCCACAAACCCACAAACUAUUUUGACCAUCUGAUUUCUUAACCUCCGAACUCACUCGGAGGCCAAGACCGAGUCUGACAACCACCUCCGGACCCCACCGCUCGGAUCCGCUCCGUGACACCCCUUUUCCGACCUAUGCUGCCGGCCCUUCCCUUCUAACUGCCGAGUGAUUUCGGACGAAGUGAACAGACACGCAACGCCCGAGGUUCACAACUGUAUUAGCAGCUUGGGACGCGGUGCUACGGUGAGAAACGCGCUCACUUGGAAACUUGCCGUGGAGCACUCGGAGGAUUUCCCAUUGGAGGUUGGAUUAGAAAGAGGAACCGUUCUUGAGUUUGGGUCACGCUUGUCCUCUUCAUCCUCUUUUCUCAUUUGACCGGUGGCCGCCCCCCCUUUUUUUUUUCCCUGAUCCGGUGCCUGCAGCAAAGAAAAUGGAGACAGUCGGAGAGCAGAACACCCCCGCGAGUGCUCGGCCUCGGGUAACGAAUGCUUGUGAGGCAUGUCGGUCGGCCAAGGUUAAGUGCAUGGCCAGUAAUCAGUUGGGGAUAUGUAAGAGAUGCCUGGAUUCCAAAAGAGAGUGCAUCUUCAAAACUGGACCUCGAACUCGACGGCCGAAACAGUCGAAAAGAUCCCAAUCCUCCACCGACCCAACCACCUCCAUAACCGCCCCCCCUCCCCUCCCACCACCACCCGGCCCCUCCAAAACCUUCACAAUCGACAUCCCCAUGCCCGCCGACGACGACGUAACCGACAGUUUUGAGGUCCUCCGCCUAGCCCACGAGUCCACACUCAACAACUUGGUUCCCCACCUCUCCUCAGGCGAAGAAGACCAGGAAGAUGAACCCAUCUACGACUACGACUACGACUACGACAAGAACGCCAACAUGGACUGGCUCAACACCGAGCAGGCCUCCAACUGCGGCUCGGUCAUCUCCUCCCAUGCCUCCUCCCUUCCGAUAGGGGCUUCGGCAUUGUCCACCCCGCCAAGCAGCACCACCACCGCUGCUACCACUGGCGCGAGAUCCAAGCAGAAGAGCAGAAUGGUGGCUAGCUUGGGGCUGCAGCCGCAGUUCAACGUUGAUUCGGCGGGCAAGUUACUGCAGACGUUUACGGGGGUGAUGCUGAAUCACUUUCACUGUUUGAUUAUUGAUCCUGAGCGGGACACGGUGGCGAGUUUGGCGAAGGAGAGGCCGUUCGUUUUGCUUGCUGUGCUGGCGGCGGCGAGCGGGAGUCGGACGCUGCAGGGGCACAGUUUGUAUGACGAGGAGUUUAGGAAGAUUUUAGGCUUGAAGUUUGUGGCUGGGGGGGAGAGGAGUUUGGAGCUGUUGCAGGGGUUGGUGGUUUACAUUGCUUGGUAUCCGUUUCAUUUGCGGCCAAAGAACAAGCAGGCGUACCAGUAUAUACGUAUGGCGGUAGACAUUGUCUUUGAUCUGGAACUCAACGAAGACCCGGGGACGGACCGGAUUGAUGUUCCGCCCACCGAGGCGAGGUUGGAGGAGAUAAGGACGUAUGCGGCUUGUUAUUAUCUCGCUUCGUCAUUCGCCGCCACGUGGGGCCGCACCCCAACUCUAGCCUACAACACCUACACCGCCCACUGCUGCGAAAUGCUCUCCCGCCACAGCCCCCUCAAAGGCGACCAGGUUCUGGUCUGGCAGGUCAGACUUCAGCGGCUGGUGGAGGAAACCAACGAUCUCCGCCGGACUCAGAGGGGUGGCGGGCACUCCCAACAAAGUGAAUACCAAAUCAACCUCAUGAUACGAGGAAUGGAGACGCAAUUCAAAGAGUGGGAGGCGUGCAUGAGCCGCGAGCUUAAAAACACUCCAUCCCUCCGCAUCCUCCUCCUCUUCACCCCCCUCUUCCUCUCCGGCGCCCCCCUCCUCAAGCUCCCCUCCACAAAACUAACCCCCCUCCUCGACCCCUCCCAAACAACCUUCCGUGCCGAAGCCUCCAAGCUCUCCUCUCUGAUCCCCACUCUCCGCGAGUUCUACUCCUACUUUUUGUCCCUCCCCGCCCAGGAAAUAAAUGCCUUCAUGGGACAAGAAUGGGGCUCCUUCAUCCUCGUCAUCAUCCUCGGCUUCAGGAUGUGUUUCCCCAUGGCCAUCUGUCCCGAGUGGGACGACAAGCUGGCGCGAGAGAGGAUAGGGAUGGGGGAGUUUUUGGGAAAGAUGUGUGGUGAUGCCGCCGGGGAAGAGGGGGGAAAGGGGAAGGGCACGUCUAUGGAUGUUUUGAGUGCUAGCAAGAUUGUGCUGGGGGUGGUGAAGAAGAAGUUUGAUAGACGGGUUCAGAGGGUGGAGCGGGAGCAGAGGGAGGAGCGGGAGAGGCAGAGGGGGUUGAUUGGGCGGGUUGUGGAGGGGUUGGGGUUGGAGUUGGGGGGUGGAGGAGAGGGACAGGUAGCGGGCGGAGGAGGAGGAGGAGGAGGAGGAGGAGGACAUGAUGGUAGUAUUGGGGGUUGUCCUAUGAUGGAUGGGAGUAUGGAGGGGUAUUAUGCUUAUUGGGACGAGACGUUUGCUGAUACUGCAGGACUGGGAGGCGGUGGGUUUCAGGGUCCGAAUGUUGGACCUAUGGGGGGGGGAGGGACGACGACGACGACGGGGGGGAUACCGCAGCAACAGCAGACGAUGCCGCAGGUGAGUGGUGAUCUUUGGGGUACGAUGACUAUGACUUGGGCGCAGGGGGAGAUGACUUUUGAUGGGAUGGGGCAGUAGGUGUUUGUGGUCAUAUAUUUGUUCAUAAGAUCUUGAUGUAGGGUUGGUUGAUACGUUAACUGAAGACGUGUUUUCUUUUCUGUUUCGAACUCGAGGGACAAUCAACAAAUUUGAAUUCAGACACGGCUCAAAUGAUGGUCUGAUAUUGCGUUCGGAACACCUGGGCAAAAUCUGUUUGUUAGCGUUGCAUGCGAAUCAGGAGGCAUGCCAAGUGUGUGACAGCUGCCUCGAUUGCUGAGCACUGCCUGCCGUUUCGUCCACCGCGUGGCUCUGAAUAUUGCAGACUCAAAGGCAUGUGAUGAAUGGCUCGAGACCCUGAAGCCACUGGAUAUGUUGUCCCUCCAACUUCCACCUCAGUGGCAAGUCAGUCCUCGUCAUCAAAGUGAUGAACUUUUACACUGUCAGCCAAUCAACGCCCACGCCCACCUUUGCUAGAAGUUUAUACCACGCAAGUGUAAACGUCAACACGCUCAUCUCCCAAACUUUUAAAAACCCCCUUGAUCCAAUACUCGCCCAAAUCGAUGACCCUUAGCACCGGGCAGUACUCCUCAUUUAACACUAGUCCGAGCCUCUCACUCCCCUUUCCAUCAGGAACCAAAAACCACAGAUAAGAGCCCGCCUCCCACGUCCGGGUCCCCAGAACAUGUGACCCGCAACCCACGCAGGUCAUUGACGUGAGCGGGAUCUCUCCAAUAAACUGGACCUUCUCCACGCGGGAUGAUCACUGAAUUUUCGUUGGGUGGGAAUUUCCCUCCUCCUUGAAAUUGGUUGGGCAGGAAUUUCCCUUCAGUCCACGUUACAGAGAGAGAGAGGUGCCGUCCUCGGGUUAAAUGAAACGGCGAGAAUAGGAAACGAUAAACUCUCCCAAACCGGUCAACUGUAAUAAAACGAAUCACAAAACGGUGAUAACACCCCCUUGCCCUGACCAUGCAAGAAAAAGAAAAAAGAAAAAAAAGAAAAAAAAGGCGAAAGACGGUGUGCGCGCCAACAGAUCUGCAAGAAGCUUGUCUCGGCUCCGUGGUCAAUGCGUUUUGGGCGACGACAGGAACAUUUGCAAAAGAACGUUGCCCCCUUGCUGCCUCACUCGAUUCCCCCCUUUCUUGAUCAUCCCUCGCCUCCCCGCGCUUGCGAUAGAACUAGGCUCCGAGGCAGGGGUUUGGAUCACGACGACAAGGUCCCAAAAGAGAUCGACUUCUGGCCUUGUGAUAUCUUGACUUUUUAUGUGAUAAGAUGCUCUCCCAUCCACGUUCUCAUCAGCUAGUUCCGUUGGGAGCCGUACCCGGGGCCCCGGUGCUUGUCACUUGUUGAACAUGAAGAUCAAACCC